AUAUAAAAAGAAAAUAUUUUUUCGUCGUUCAAAAAAUCCGCCUUUUUAUUUUAUUUUUCUGCGCACAUACAUAUACGAAAUGUCAUAUAAUAAACGGCACCAAAAGGAUGAUUUACCGCAAGUCUUUCAAAGACUAGGAAACUCUUCUAAGCCUGCUUACCGUAAAGGAACAGGCAACCAUAACAAUGACAGCCAUGGUUUAAGAAUUGCUCGUUACAGUGAUCCUGACCAUCAACAUCGAGGCUAUCCAGAUUAUUCCAAAAUCAGUCAAUUGCAAGAUGAGGCCGUAUACUAUUCUCCUAAUACGAAUGUCAAUAACAUCAACAACCCUUACUAUGGAGGAAAUAAUAAUAACAAUUAUCCCAGACCAAACAGCUUUAGGUUUGUCAGAAACAAUGAUACACCUAUUGUUGAGAGACCUAUCAUUUCCUUUCUGCGUGAUCCGCCUAUAGCUCCUACUUAUUUCAGUCCACAACAACAACAAUGGUCCAAUAAUAACAAAAUUGUUCAUCAAGACGAAACUGCGGAUGAGGAAGAGCAAGUGCAACACCAACACCAACAUCAGCGUAAAUUUAGUAUCGCCAAAAAAAUCCAAAUUACCACUUCUUUACCGACAAACGCCCAUAACGAAGAUUCGUCUGAUACUCAGCCCAAUCAUAAUAAAAGAAAGGUGACAGUCGCUCCACGAGAAAGUUCACCCUCUACCACUACCACCAAUAAAAGGUUCAAGGCCAUUUCUCCACCUCCUCUUCCUCCUUCACCACGUACCACAAGUAAACGAAGAAGGUCGCCUUCUCCCACUCGUCGACCUCAUCGGGCUUCGUCGGAUUUUGAUAGUGACGAGGAAGCUCCAUUUUUCAGUCUUAAAGCAGAUGCCUAUAAACCUAAUUAUGUCAAUGAAGACGAAGGAAACAUCAAUCAUCGAUUAUCUGGCGUGAAAAAGUACAAGGAUCUGAGGUCAUGUCCUCCCUUGGGUUCUUUGGAUCCGUCUGCUGCCCCUAGGCUUGGGGCUAAUGCAUACGCAUCUACUCACCACAAUAAAGUAUGGGUCAAUAAUUCUGAAUCUUUACCUCCCUCGAAAAAAUUCUCGUCAUCGACUCAUCCUGUGCCGAAAAAACCUGUUUCGUCCUCUGUUGUGACUAAAAAGCUUAAUUCUCCUGUUAUCGGGCCGAAAAAGGGUACUUCUAAUGUCGCUCCAGACUCUGAAGGCAAAGCCGCCCCUUCUUCUGUUAAAAGCUCUGCCCAUUUUACUAGAACUUCCGAUCCUUCUGCCAGAGCUACUAGUACUUCUACCAAGGUCAAGGCUAAUAGCCCUUCCACUAAAGCUACCAGUCCUUCUGUUAAAGCUAACAGCUCUUCUGUCAAAGCUAAUAGUUCUUCUGUCAAAGCUAACAGUUCUUCUGUUAAAGCUACCAGUCCUUCUGUCAAAGAUGCCAGUUCUUCUUUUAAAGCUACCAGUUCGUCUGUUAAAGAUGCCAGUUCUUCUUUUAAAGCUACCAGUUCGUCUGUUAAAGAUGCCAGUUCUUCUUUUAAAGCUACCAGUUCGUCUGUUAAAGAUGCCAGUUCUGUAAAAGCUACCAGCUCCUCUGCUAAAGAUGUUACUCCUCCCGUCAAAGCAAUUAAAGAACAUACUUCUCAUACUGCCAAUGCGUCCGUUUCUACGUCAAAGGACAUCGCCCAAACCGCCCAAACCGCCCAAAAAACUUCUACGAUGCCUAGACAUGACGCCACAAAAGUUUCUACUGCUAAAGAUGAUAUUCCUGUGGUAACUCCCAAGAAGGUCUCGAUGUCUUUCAAGAAAUCCUUGAUUCAUACUAACCCUGCUACCUACAAAGAAUCUGUGUUUAAUCGAGAAUCUGUUCAAUCCAUUCCAACUGCUCCUGCAAAUUUCCAUGCUUCUGAGCAUAUGUACUCUAAAGAGAAACAUGAGCCCCAAGUCAAAUCUGAGCCUAACGUAGAUCCCAAAGAUCAUACUGAGCUUGAUAACAUGGUCGAUUUAGAUACAACAUCUGCACAUCCUGUGAUUGUUCAUCAUAAAUCUGUACAUACGAGUCACAAUACAGCGACUGCAUCUAAUACCGUGCAUGCGAUACCAGCAUCACCCGAUACCAGCAAACCAUCUGACACUACUCAACUUGUCAUGAAUCAAGAAAAUUCUGCUAUAAAGAAUAUUACCAGUUCUAUGCAUACCUCUGUUCCUGUAACAGUCAAGCAUGGUAUCGAGAACAGCGGUAACCAUAUUCUACGAGCAAAUUCUUCUGCUAUUCAAGAUGACAAGUCAAAAGAUACUGCUGUUAGGAAAACAAGACGUGUAUUUACAGAUGGUCCAACUCAAGAUAACGAUGAUCAAGAAAAGAAGAAACAAAAAGAAUUGCAAAAAGACGCAGCAUUAGAGAAGGAGAGAAAGUAUGAGGAAACAAAGUCAAGAGAAGCGAUUUUGGAAAAUGAGAGAAUAGCCAAAGAGAAAUUUCUAGAGGACCAGAGAAAGGCUAAAGAGCAACAAUUGGAGAAGGAGAGGAAGGCCAAAGAGCAACAAUUGGACAAGGAGAGGAAGGCCAAAGAGGCAUUAGAGGAGAGGGACCGAAAAGCCAAAGAAAAAUUACGUCAACUGGCGAUUGAUGAACGUGAUGAUGUUGUUAUGGAUAUUGCUCCCUUACCCAGACAAAAUAUUAUUAGUAGUCCAAUCAUGGCCUUUCAUAAUAUUUGUAAAAAGCCAUCCAAUGCCCCCAUAAUUCUGAAGGAAGAGCCCAUGGAUGAAUGCACUGAAGCAGUCUCUCGUGUAGAUCCACCUAAUGAUAGUACAGAAAUUCUUGAAAACAAGGCCUGCGAAUCUGCAGUCAAUCACACAACAGAAUCUUCUACCAAUAGUACAAUCGAAUCUAUAGUCAAUAAUACCGUCAACAGCGCGACUGAAUAUACCAUUGAUAAUACGAUUGUAACUGCCCUGGAUAACAUUAUCAACUCUGCCAUGAAUGAUGCUACACAGUCUGUCGCUGAUAGUGCUAUUGAGUCUAUUACCAAUGACACAAACAAGCCUACUGCCGAUUCCUCCGUGACCAGCACCAUUGAAUCUGCUGUCAAUGACAUAAUUGAGUCCGCUGUUAAUAACAGUUUCGAGUUUACCUCUGAUUCCUUAUAUAAAUCUUCUGUUUUGCCUGACGAAGACACACAAAUGGAAGACGUUGUGAAUAAAUCAGCUAAAAACUUACCAUCCAUCGUGACAGAAGAGGCCGUGCUCAACACUUUUUUUAACGCGCCACAACAGUUGGCAUCACCACCUGCUUCUUCUCAUACAGAAGGGUCAUCGCCAACUUUACCGACUAUACCUAAAAAUUCAGAAUUGUCAGAAUUAAAUACCACGAAGAAGAGAGGAAGAGUACCACGGCCUUGGAAAACAAUUAUGACAGAAUCUGGAGAUAUUUAUUAUCUCAAUUCAGUUACAGGUGAAAAAAGUUUAGAAAGACCUGUCGCAUAGAAGUCGCAAGAAUUGUAAUUUACCUUUUUCAAUGAAAAAAAAACUGUAUAAUAAAUAUUUGUUCGAUCCAGAGGGGGGAUGAUACCUUUACAUUAGUAGUGUAAAAAUCAAUUUUGCAACCAAAUUAAUCGACCCUUCGUAAGAUAAUUCAAAAUUUGUAAAGC